GCCAGGGACACGGGGAUGUGGGACUGGGGAUCCAGGCUGCAAGGAUACAGGGCUGUGGGAUGAGGAGGAUAUCGAGCUGAGAGACAGAGAUGUGGGAGUACGGGGCUGGGAAUACAGCAAUACAGAGAUACAGGUCUGGGGAUGAUGCUGCGAGAGUGCAGGGAUGCAGGGGUACAGAGCUCAGAAUGUUGGGGUACAGGGCUGGGGGUGUACAGGAUAGGCAGGUUUGGUUCUGAUAGCCCAAGGCAGUGGGAUGCAGAGCUACAGAGCUGGAGAUGGGAACUGCUGAGGUACAGGGAUUCAGGGCUGGGAGUGUGGGAUGGAGCACUACAGGGAUUUGGGGUGUGUGCUGAGAGCCCAGGGCUGUGGGAUGCACACUGCGCAGAUACAAUGCAGCAGGGUGUAGGAUGCAAGGAUAUGGGGCUCUGCUAGCCAGGCUCCAAGGGUACAGGACUGUGGGAUGCAGAUUGCAAGGAUAUGAGGGUACAAGGAUGGGGUGCUGUGGGAUAGAGCACCUGGGGGAUGCAGGGCUAUGGGCUGCAAGGGUAAAGAGUUGCAGGACACAGGCUUUAGGGAUGUGGGAUGAAGGGCUACCAGUUGCAGGUUGCAAGGAUGCAGGGCUGCAGGGAUGCGAGCUGUAAGGAUGCAAGACUCUUGGAUGGGACUCUUGGAUGCAGGACUCAGGCUGUGGGAUGCGGUGUUACAUGAUGUGGGACUAUGGGGCUGUGGGAUAUGAGGAUGUGAAGAUACGGAGCUGUAUGUACACAAGAUGCAAGGAAACACCCCAGGGAAACAGGGCUGCGGGAUGCAGAGAUGCAGGGCUGAGCGGUACACAGCUGCAGGGAUGCAGGAUAUGGGAAUACAGGCUGCAGGAUGCGGGAUGCACGACUGUAGGAUGCGGGAUGUGGGAACACGGGAAGCAGGAUAUGGGUAAAUGGAGAUGCAGGAUGCGGGACUACGGGAAGCAGGAUAUGGCCAGACAGAGCAGCAGGAUGCAGAGACACGGGGCUGCCGGGUGUGGGGAUGUGGGAUCCAGGAUAUGGUGCUGCCAGUCAUGGAAAGCGCUGAGCGCCAGCGACAAGCGUCCCUUCGUGGAAGAGGCAGAGCGCCUGCGAAUCCAGCAUCUCCAGGAUCACCCCAACUACAAAUACCGCCCAAGGAGAAAGAAGCAAGCCAAGAAAAUCAAGAGGAUGGAACCCAAUAUCCUCCUGCAUAACCUUUCCCAGCCUUGCAGUGACAACUUCAGCAUGAGUCACCAUGGCGGCAGCCAGCCGGGCCACCCCCAGCCUCCCCCACUUAACCACUUCAGAGAACUCCACUCCAUGGGGUCGGAUAUUGAAAACUAUGGCUUGCCAACUCCUGAGAUGUCUCCCUUGGAUGUCUUGGAACAGACCGAGCCGGCGUUUUUCCCCCCGCACAUGCAGGAUGACUGCAACAUGAUGCCCUUCCGCGGCUACCACCACCAUCACCAGAUGGAGUUUCCCCAGGAGAAGUGCAUGGGGCGGGACGUGGCCGUGCCCUACACUCAGACCCCCUCACACUUGGCCGACGCCAUGAGGACUCCCCAUCCCUCCAGCCUUUACUACAACCAGAUGUGCUCAGGAACUCAGAACGGGCUUUCCGCCCACCUGGGCCAGCUGUCUCCCCCUCCUGAAGCCCACCACAUGGAGAGCGUGGAUCACUUGAACCAAACCGAGCUCUGGACAGACGUUGACCGCAAUGAGUUUGACCAGUAUUUGAACAUGAGCAGGACUCGUCCCGAAGCCUCGGGCCUCCCUUACCAUGUCUCCCUGUCCAAAGUGACUCCUAGAAGCAUCUCCUGUGAGGAGAGCAGUUUGAUAUCUGCCCUGUCCGAUGCCAGCAGUGCUGUUUACUAUAGCCCCUGCAUCACCGGUUAGGUUGACCCCACCAUCCAAUGCGUGCACCAGGAGAGCCCCGACUCUCCUCUAAAAAAACAAAAAGCCAUCUUUCUUUAACCACGAGCUCCAUCAUAUUUAGAGUAUCUCAUUAAAUGCAUCGCUUUCUUGUUUGUUCUUUUUUUAUUUUGAUUUUUUUUUUAAUUUUUUUUAGAGACAGACCAUGCUGAACUCACUGAUAUACCGUAUAACUAUAUAACACAGAUAGACGCCUUUCCCCGCCGUGCUCCCCGCUCCAGCCCUCGGCAGGGCACAUCUCCAGCUCCCACCAGCUCCAAGGGCAUUUUCAAGUCAAUUCCAGUAAAUCCUGCCUGAAACAAUCACACCAGGAUGAGCCAAAGUGUGACCUGUCCCCAGUAUUUAACCCAAGGACAGGCAAACUUUUAGGGGGGAAAAAACUUUUAGAAAGACUUUGCCGGGGCUGUUAAAGAGUCGGCGCCCAUUAGGGGUGGGCUUUAGGACAGUUUUUACUGUAUUCUCAGCAAUAUAUUUUAAUUGGGCAACAAAACUAUAUUUUUACUAAGCAUUUUUAUAUAUAAAAUGGUAUUUAAUGUCUUUUGGGUUUUUUUUUAUUAGACUUUUUAAAAAGAAAUCAAGGGAUAUCCAUGAGAUCUAAAGCAUUUAUGUAGCAAAGCUGGAUUUAAAGAAAAAAAAAAAAGGAAGGGGGAAAAAAGGAGAUAUUUUGUGAAAAGGGAAUGCUAAUGUAAAUAUUGAGGAACAACUGACUGGAAUUUUGUACAAAAGAAAAAUAUGACUGCAAACACUUUUAUUGUCUAGAACUGUAUGGAGAGCAAACUGUUUUAUUCUGGUUAAUUAUUAAAACAUCUUCAUAUAAUUGUUCCCAUCUUGUGUGCUUGUUGUGUGAACACAUAUUUUCCGCAAAUACAUGUUGUCCCAACCA